AUGCUAUCGGACAUAUCCAGAUUGUUUGAUCCUUUAGGUCUCUUAGGACCUUUGAUAAUCACAGCGAAGAUGUUCUUGCAGAAGUUGUGGAUUUUGAGAAUUGAUUGGGACGAUGAAGUUCCCUUACACUUAAAUAGAGAGUGGGAAAAAUUUAGUUCUGAACUGAGUCAAUUGAAAAAUUUAAACAUAGAUCGUCAUGUGUUAUGUUCUGAAGCUCUGAAAGUAGACCUGAUAGGCUUCGGAGAUGCUUCGAAAAAUGCGUACGAUUGUGCCGUCUACGCCAGGUCUUUGUCAAGGUCUGGUGAGAUAAAGGUGUCACUCUUAUGCAGCAAAUCUCGAGUGGCUCCCAUCAAAGAAAUUAGUAUCCCACGUUUGGAGCUGUGUGCAGCGGAUCUGCUUUCCAAGAUUACCGUUAAGGUUCUGUCAUCCUUGCAACUAGACAUUGAUGGAGUACAUUUGUACUCGGACUCCACUGUGGUGCUUGCUUGGAUCAAAACUCCACCUACAUCGUUGAAAACUUUUGUGGCUAAUCGAGUUGCUAGGAUUCAAGAGUAUACUAAGAACUUCCAAUGGCAUUAUGUAAAUACUGCUGAGAAUCCUGCGGACUUGAUAUCACGAGGAGUUUUCCCUUCAAAGAUCCAACAGUUGGACAUUUGGUGGAAUGGACCGUCUUUUCUUUCAUCUAGUAGCUGUCCAAACUUCAAUGACGAUCCUGGUGUCUUAGAUGAUGAAUAUCUUCUUGAGGAGUUUGCUAAAGACAUGAGCAGUCUCCAAAAACACCACUGUGUGCCACCUGGUAGUAAAUUAAAAACUUUGAAUCCUUUCUUGGAUUCUAAAGGAUUGUUAAGAGUCGGAGGACGGUUGGCCCAACCAAUUGCACCUUCUCAAAUCAUGGGCAAUUUGCCCAAGGAAAGAGUGUCUCCAGAUUUUGCUUUUAAUUGUGCUGGUGCCGAUUUCUGUGGGCCGUUUUAUAUUAAGAAUAAGGCUCAGCGUAAAGAGAGGACAUAUACUCCUCCCCCAUUUCUGGACCUCGACUUUCUCUGGGUCAACGGUCUAAUGGACCUUGUCUGCCUUCGUCAAAUAGCUGAAGGAUAA